UCCCCAAGACCUCCAAGGUCUCCAUGACCUCCAAGGUCCCCAAGACCUCCAAGGUCCCCAGGUCCUCCAAGACCCCCAGGACCUCUUCGAUUCCCACGACCUCCAAGGUCCCCAAGACCUCCAAGGUCUCCCAGACCUCCAAGGUCCCCAGGUCCUCCAAGGUCUCCACGACCUCCAAGGUCCCCAGGUUCUCCAAGACCCCCAGGACCUCUGCGAUUCCCACGACCUCCAAGGUCCCCAAGACCUCCAAGGUCCCCAGGUCCUCCAAGGUCCCCAAGACCUCCAAGGUCUCCCCGACCUCCAAGGUCCCCAGAUCCUCCAAGGUCCCCACGACCUGCAAGGUCCCCAAGACCACCAAGGUCUCGCAGACCUCAAAGGUCCCCACGACCUCCAAGUUCCCAAGAUCCUCCAAGACCCCCAGGACCUCCAAGGUCCCCAGGUCCUCCAAGACCCCCAGGACCUCUGAGAUUCCCACGACCUCCAAGGUCCCCAAGACCUCCAAGGUCCCCAAGACCCCCAAGACCCCCAGGACCUCCAAGGUCCCCAGGUCUUCCAAGGUCCCCAAGACCUCCAAG